AUGCGUAUCGACUUUCCUUUCCUCGUCAUACUUGCCCUCGCUGUAACAGUGACGUUGGGUGCGACGUACCAAAGAUCGAGCCAACUCGCAGGCCAGAGCUUCCUUGACGCAUUUAGUUUCCAGGCCAUCACGGAUCCCACACAUGGCAGAGUGACUUAUGUCAACGAAAGCACUGCCCGAGCAGAUAAACUCGUUUCAGUGGCUAAUAAUAAACUCACGCUCCGAGCCGACUAUACUACGAAACUGUCCUCCUCCGACCCAGGAAGAAAAUCCUUUCGAAUCAUGUCAAAUUCCCAGUACGAAACUCAUGUAGCAAUUUUCGACAUUGCGCAUAUGCCACAAGGCUGUGGGACAUGGCCAGCUAUUUUGGGAGCAAACUGGCCGAAUGGAGGCGAAAUCGACAUUGUAGAAGGUGUCAACGAUCAAACCCCCAAUACAUGCAGUCUGCACACGAGCUCCAAUUGCACGAUGCCCUCUUCUCGCUCAAUGUCAGGCACCGUCCGUGGUACAGACUGCUACGCAUACGAUAACGGCAAUGCGGGGUGUGGGGUCAGUAUCAACGACGAUAAGAGUUACGGCCCGCAAUUCAACAGCAACGGGGGUGGCUGGUAUGCGAUUGAAAAGCGUUCAAGUUACAUCAAGAUUUUCUUUUGGGAGAGGACGAGUAGCUCUGUUCCAAGCGACGUCAAGUCUCCUGGGCCAAGCAUCGAUACUAGCCAUUGGGGGACACCUGCCGCAAACUUUCCCGAUACUGAUUGCGAUCUCUCCACUCAUUUUGGACCCCAGAACAUCAUCAUUAACCUUACAUUCUGCGGAGACUGGGCAGGUGCAGUUUACGCUGCGUCUGGAUGUCCAUCUACAUGUGCCGACUACGUGAAUAAUAACCCAUCAGCAUUCAAGAAUGCUUAUUUUGAGUUCAACUCGUUGAACAUCUACCAGUGA